ACGUCGCCUACCCGCCUCCCCCGCGCACGGUGUGCUGCUGCCGGCGUCGCUACCCGCUAACCGCCGCGGACAACGCCACUCGCCACGACGUCAGUGAAAAAGAAAAGGGAUCCAAAUAUCCAAUCGAGACUCACCACCGAACGAGUCCAAAUCCGCUCGUCCCCCUCGAAGUCACUCCGGCGCUCGCCGGCUCCGCCUUCUCCGGUUCUCCCACCCAUCCAAGCGCAGCUCCGGAAGCGCCAGGGGCGGACGAGCACCUCCCAAAUUUAGCAGCCGUGGAGCGCGUGGGCGUGGACCCGUAAGGAGGAUCGAUGGGGUACCUGCCGUCCCUGAGCAGCAAGGCGGCGCACUUCGUGUCCGACCUCACCACCGUCAUCCUCAACCCCGUCUCCGAGCGCGAGACCUCCCACCUCCCCGAGGUUGACGAAGUGCAAGAAAAUUUGGAGGAUGAUAAAGAUUCUGAGCACAAUUCUGACAGCCUUGAUGGACCUGACACAUCUUCCUUUAGAGCAUUCUUGAUCUCAUUUUUGUCAUCAUCGAGCUCUAAUAACGAUUCAAUGGAGAUAAUUCCUGAGCAGAAUGGGGACAUGGGUUACCCUACUUUAACACCCAUGGGGAAGGGAAGCAAGGGAAGAACAGGUCUGAUAAGUAGGGGAAAGCAUUCCAUCGGAAAAAUCAUUAACAAGGCGACAAGGAUUGGUGGUUUCAAACAAACAACUGCAGAGCCUAAAAUUGACAGGGAGACAAUAACUCAUACUGAACCAGUUGCACCUGUAUUGGAGCGCCAGGAACCAAAGGAAGUUGUUUCCUUUAGUAGUUUGCCAACUAUGUCGGAACCAUCUGUUCUUUUGUCAGAACGGAUGCAAUCAAUUCUUUAUGCAUCUCUCCCUGUUCUUGCCCAGGGAAGGAACUGGGUCUUGCUAUACAGUACAUGGAGGCAUGGCAUAUCUUUAUCUACUUUAUAUAGAAGGAGCAUGCUUUGCCCUGGUUUCUCACUCUUGGUUGUUGGGGAUAAAGAAGGUACAAUUUUUGGUGGUUUAGUUGAGGCCCCAUUACAGCCAUCCAGUUCAAAGAAGUAUCAGGGGACCAAUAAUUCCUUUGUUUUCACUAAUUUGCAUAAUCGCCCUGUCAUAUAUCGACCGACAGGUGCAAAUAACUAUUUUACGGUGUGCUCCACUGACUAUAUGGCUUUGGGGGGAGGAGGUCAUUUUGCACUUUAUCUUGAUUCUGACCUUUUGACUGGUUCAAGUUCAAAUUCAGAGACUUUUAACAACGGGUGUUUAUCGCAUUCUUCAGACUUCUCAGUGAAAGAUGUUGAGCUUUGGGGCUUCGUCUACCCUUCCAAAUACGAGGAGAUGCUGACAAUCUGCAGGACUGAGAAACCAGGAAUCUGUCGAUGGUGAGCUUCCCAUAGCCAGCUGAACAUCCAAAUAGACAUGUCACGUCUGUACAGUUUUUAGUAGGCUUUGAGAGUUGCGAGCAUUUUUGUGCGCAGGACCAGUAGUACUAGUUUGCUCAGAUUGUAAAUAUUGCACUUUUGUUACUGCCACUGUGCCACAUGGCGAAACAUGUACGUUGCUGGUUGUUCCAGUGUUGGGCAUUUUGAGGUAAACUGUAACUGAUGGAUCAGGCUUCUACCA